AAAAAUGAUUUUUUCUUAGUUAAUUCGCUUCGUUUCUGGUGUAAUGUUGUUUCGUGUCGAGCAUUUGGUGCACCUCGUUUUGCUUUUGGCGUGGUUUGGUGUGUCCGCCGCGCAAAUAUUCAAUUUCCAAUGCGGCCACACGACACGUCUUAAGCGAAUUGUCAUACGCAGUCCCGCACAACCAUCAUCCUCAUGUCAGUAUACGAUCCGGCGUCACAGUAAUCAUGUCUGCCAAUUACUCAUACGUUUCCAACACUUCGAGUUGCAACAGCCGACAACGGACGCCGUUAUGAAUACUUUAACCUGCAUCGACUCCUUCACAGCCGGUCGAUUUACGCUGUGUGGCGAUAAUAGCGGCCAACACAUUUAUAUACCAUUUGUUGGGGACUCACUGGCUCUAAACUUUAAUUUACCUUCACGUUGGUCACAAUCGAAUUGGCAUCUGAUUGUUGAGCAGCUCGAAUGCCCACCAGCACCGAGUCACGUUGCCGACGGUUUACCACCGCUCAUUAGCGGUAUGGUUAAUGAUAUUCUAGAUUUGCGUAAUGUUUUCUCCAGAUUCGUUAAUGAUAUGAAUUUGCUGGCGCCACCUGGUUGUGAUCAAUAUUAUACCGAACCAACGGGUCUAAUUAAGAGCUUUAAUUAUCGUGACGGCAUGAAUACACACUAUAUGGGCAGUCUGAAGUAUACGGUGUGUGUUAAACAAACAAUGAAGGCAACAUUAAUCGAAUACACCGUGAAAACGUUUUCAUUGUCUUCCGAGUUGCCGAACGAAUUUUACAACGAGGCCUGCCAUCCUUUCAUAUACACUGAUGGCCGUAAAAGCGAUUAUCUUAUGAUACCAAAUUCCUACUUUGCGAACAAUGCCGCUAUUCAGCCGACGUAUUUUUGUGGUCAAGGUCUAACGCCGGGUCAAGUUGUUAUUGGUUCAAGUCCAUUUAUAAUGCGUUUCUCAAGCGAUGAGCAAUGGCAAAUGGAGGAAACUGGCUUCAGCAUUGAAUAUCGCACAAAGGUGGCGAUUUAAUUUUAGCAGCUGUGUCUCAAUAUAAGUUUUGAAAUAUAUGUUUUUGAAGAGAGUAUUAAAAACAGUUUU